UAAAAAUAAAAAAAAAUUCAAAAAAUAAAGAAAAAUUUUUGCUGGCUGCUAAGUCCAGCAACACAAAUAACUGCACACACACACACGCAUACGCGUAAACUCAAUUAAAAAAGCAGAUGUCAAAAGCAGCUGCAGCGCGUAAACGAAAAUUGACAUGUGAAUGACCUGCUAGUACAGUUAUUCGUGACAGUGUGCAGCAACGCGUUGUAUAAAUGACGAAGCGGUGUCUGCUAUGUACAUACAUACACGCUGGUAAUUAGUGCAAUCAGUUAAAUGACAUUUUCACCAUUGUAAAUGCACGCCAAUUGAUGCUGUCAAUUAAGAGCGCGCGUGAACGCGGACAACUACGAAAACUACCACAAAACAAAAUAGCGCGUUCGUGUGCGUGUGGCAGAACAGGGUGUUGGCGACGGCGUUAGAACGGGGGCAUGCCGCGGAAUUGCAUUUAAUACACAAACAAAUACAACACAAGGCAGCGUGUUGUUGUUGCAAAUUUUGUUUUUGACAUUUCAAUAUUCUGCAGCAACGCCGAAAUUCACUUAACACCGCCAAGUUGGAAGGAAAAAAACUAUUCGCGGCUGUUAAUAAUAUUUUAGCCGGUUCGAGCUUUGCCCGCGAACUCAGGCAACUAAUGACGAGAAAGACUACAGGCGUCGCGGAUGACACGGCUGCUGGCGGCGACAGCGCGGACGCACAACAGCUUGAGGACGCUGCGCACUACGAGCCACCAGCUGGCUACAGUUCCGAUACAACAGCAACAACACCGCCAACACAACAACAACGCGAGCAGCAAGCGAACAGCAUGGCUGCCGCGAACGCGGAAGCAGCGUGCAGCGGCGGAGCGGUCUCGCUACGACAACGACGUGUCUCCGAAUUGGUGCUGGACUCAUACAGCGGCCGUACAGCGACAGCAACACAAGAUUACGACGAUGCGGCAGCCGUGGACCUCGAUGAGUAUGAGGAAGACGAUUACGAAGAUGGCGUUGAUGGCGAAAACGAUUAUUACGACGAAUCGCCGGUGCAGCGCAACGCUAGAUUCUUACAGCCACGUAGACAACAAAGGAAAAUCGAAUUGCCGGAGCAGGCGACGACUAGCUCGGCGGCGAAAGGCGGCGUCAAACGGCCAAAGCGACGCAUUAAGACCGCACGUCAAUUCUCGCAGCGCACCACUUCGACCGAGUCCACGGAGAGCGGCGUGCGUCCAUGCAUAUCGAAGGGUCAAAUGCGCGAAUUUCGCGAAGCAUUUCGCUUAUUCGACAAGGAUGGCGAUGGCUGCAUAACGAAGGAGGAGUUGGGCACCGUAAUGCGUUCAUUGGGUCAAUUCGCGCGUGUCGAGGAAUUGCAGGAAAUGCUGCAGGAAAUCGAUGUGGACGGCGAUGGCAAUGUUAGCUUUGAGGAAUUUGUGGACAUACUCUCCAACAUGACAUAUGAAGACAAAUCGGGGCUUUCCUCUGCCGAUCAGGAGGAACGUGAGUUGCGCGACGCAUUUCGUGUGUUCGACAAGCAUAAUCGUGGCUAUAUAACGGCCUCAGACCUGAGAGCGGUGCUGCAGUGCUUGGGCGAGGAUCUGGAUGAGGAAGACAUUGAAGACAUGAUAAAAGAAGUGGAUGUCGACGGCGAUGGACGCAUUGAUUUCUAUGAGUUCGUGCAUGCGUUGGGCGAGCCAGAAGACUCACAAGAAAACGAUGACGAGAAUGAGGAGGAAAAUACUACUUCACCAUUACCAACACCAAAAUCCGUUGUGUCGAUGACGUAUGACUAAGGAAUGCAGAAUUUUGACAGCUAAUGACGAAACUGCUUAGCGAAA